AUGUCGUCGUCGUCGUCUAUUUACCACACCGUCCCGAUUUGUCCGGAUCUUCCUAGAACUAACCGAUAUUAUAGUAUCGAUGAAGUUCAUGAUCAUCCGUCUGAUAUUUAUUGGAUAUCUCAAUUAGAUGAUAACGUCAAGGAUGAAACUCGUUACAAAGUGAGAUACACGGUUACCAAUGGCUCUCAUACGUCAGCCAAUGACACACAUGCGAUUUUCUCCUCAUUUCUUUUUGCGUAUAAUUCACAUGAAGAUAUAGUUCUCUCUCCCGAUGAUAUUUGGUUGAUGGUAUGUAUCUACUUCUCACAGUAUGUGAACGACCAUGCCGAGCAACUUCGCAAGCUUUUUGUCGACCAUGAAGAUGGUCGAAAGAGAUUGACCAUCGUUCAAACUGCUCGACUUGAACCUGAUUGGGAGAGUUUUCUCGCACGAAUACGAACAAAAAUAGAUCAGAAUGUAAAAACUAAUGUGGCCGACUUGUUGUCUCCUCAGUUUUCGACAACAACAGCAAUCGAAUCACUUCUAUCAUCGCUUGUCGUGAUGAGCACAUGUCAAAAAUAUUUCGACUAUGAAUGUUAUAUCACCAAAUGUGGCAUUCGUAAUGUUCAUUUCCUUGGUACAUUGGAAGAUUGGAAAUUAUUACGAAAGAAAAUUCAAGAUUUAAAAAAAUUUAGUCGCGAUAGUUUCGAGAGUUACAUCAAUGCAAUAUUACCGGUGAUUGAUCAAUUUAUCGAUACUUAUCAAGGUAACGUCGACCAAGAAUUCUGGAAUAAGGUCAUGGAUAUCGAACAUGUCGGCGGUGGAAAGUCCGGAAAAACGGCUGGUACUUAUAUUAGCGGGUGGUUUCUUCGUCUUUGCUAUGGAUUGCAUUCGAAAUCUGACUGUGAAAUCAAGCAAAUCAAACUGAAUCAAUUGAAAGUAACGGUAGAAGUCAACAAUGAAGUAACCAAUGAAUCCAAGACAUGCUAUCUGCUCGGAGGUUUUCACGGCAUCGAUUCACGUAAUGAACGUCAUAAACCAGUGAUGAGUCUUGCCGUUAUCGAUGAUCUAUCAACGAUUCGACUUUUCAAACGAGAAAAAUCUGAAUGA